AUGGCUACUCCUUUAUCCCUCCACCACCCUAGACCACCCUUACUCACGGAAAAUCCUCUUCCUUUGAGGAACGCUGCAACCACCGCUAACAACAACAAUAUUAACAGCCAAAUUCAACUACACCCAUGUCUGCUAUCACUGGAAAAAUGCACCACCAUGUCCCAGCUCAAGCAAAUCCAUGCCCAAAUGCUCAGGACUUGCCUCUUCGUCGAUCCCUUCUCUGCCAGUAAAAUCGUCGCCUUCUGUGCCCUCCACGACUCUGGAAGCCUCCCUUACGCCCGUCUCGUCUUCAACCAAAUCCCCAAUCCCACUACCUUCACCUGUAAUUCCAUAAUCCGGGGUUACACCAACAAGAAUUUGCCCCGCCAAGCUAUUCUUUUCUAUCAACUAAUGAUGCUCCAGGGGUUGGACCCCGACAGGUUCACAUUCCCUUCUUUGUUUAAAUCAUGUGGGGUUUUGUGUGAAGGAAAACAGCUGCAAUGUCACUCUACAAAAUUGGGGUUCGCGUCUGACGCUUAUAUUCAAAACACAUUGAUGAACAUGUACUCGAAUUGUGGAUGUUUGGUUUCAGCCCAAAAAGUGUUUGAUAAAAUGGUUAACAAAAGUGUGGUUUCUUGGGCAACCAUGAUUGGGGCUUAUGCGCAAUGGGAUCUGCCCCAUGAAGCCAUCAAGCUGUUCAGGAGAAUGGAAAUUGCGAGUGUGAAGCCGAAUGAGAUUACUUUGGUGAAUGUGUUAACAGCAUGUGCGAGAUCAAGAGAUUUAGAAACGGCCAAGCAGGUGCACAAGUAUAUUGAUGAGACUGGAAUCGGGUUCCACACGGUCCUAACCGCUGCUCUCAUGGAUGUUUAUUGCAAGUGUGGCUGCUACCCACUUGCCCGGGAUUUAUUCAAUAAGAUGCCUGAAAAGAACUUGUUUUGUUGGAACAUCAUGAUUAAUGGACAUGUUGAGGAUGGUGAUUAUGAGGAGGCUUUGUCACUCUUCAAUGAGAUGCAACUCAGCGGUGUUAAAGGGGAUAAGGUGACCAUGGCAAGCUUAUUGAUCGCUUGCACUCAUCUGGGUGCUCUUGAGCUUGGCAAGUGGUUGCAUGUUUAUAUUGAGAAGGAGAAAAUUGAGGUGGAUGUUGCCUUGGGAACGGCACUUGUGGACAUGUAUGCAAAAUGUGGAAGUAUAGAAAGUGCAAUAAGAGUCUUCCAAGAGAUGCCCGAAAAAGAUGUUAUGACUUGGACAGCCUUGAUUGUUGGUCUUGCGAUGUGCGGACAAGGGUUGAAAGCUUUGGAACUUUUCCAUGAGAUGCAGAUGAGUGAGGUGAAACCAGAUGCAAUCACCUUCGUUGGGGUUUUGGCUGCUUGCAGUCAUGCAGGAUUGGUGAAUGAAGGAAUUGCAUAUUUUAAUUCCAUGCCUAAUAAAUAUGGCAUUCAGCCUAGCAUUGAGCAUUAUGGUUGUAUGGUUGACAUGCUAGGGCGGGCUGGUCGCAUAGCUGAAGCAGAGGAUUUGAUACAGAACAUGCCAAUGGCGCCAGAUUAUUUUGUUUUGGGAGGCCUUCUUAGCGCCUGCAGAAUUCAUGGCAAUCUCGAGGUGGCAGAAAGAGCAGCCCAACAACUUAUAGAACUAGACCCGAAAAAUGGAGGAACCUAUGUGCUUUUAUCAAACAUAUACAGCUCAAUGAAGAACUGGGAAGCAGCUAAAAAAAUGAGGGAACUCAUGGUAGAAAGAAACAUUAAGAAGCCCCCAGGUUGCAGUGUGAUAGAGGUUGGUGGUGUUGUGCAUGAGUUCGUCAAGGGUGAUGUCUCGCAUCCACAAUCCUCAGAAAUUUAUGAAACCUUGGAUGACAUGAUGCGCAGGUUAAAGUCAGCUGGUUAUGUUCCUGAUAAAUCAGAAGUGUUAUUUGACAUGGAUGAAAAGGAAAAGGAGAAUGAGCUUAGCCUCCAUAGUGAGAAGCUAGCAAUUGCAUUCGGGCUCUUAAGUACAACACCUGGAACACCAAUUCGAGUUGUGAAAAACCUUCGUGUGUGUAGUGAUUGCCACUCUGCAAUGAAGUUCAUCUCCGAAGUGUACAAUAGGGAGAUUAUUGUACGAGAUAGAAACCGGUUUCAUCAUUUCACGAAGGGAUCUUGUUCGUGCAGGGACUUCUGGUGA